AAAGAAGCAGAAGGGCGGAGCUCCGUGCAAUACGCAGUCUUCUGUUCUCAAACAGGCUUGGUUUCUUAGUUGGGUGAUAGCUCACAUAAUGUCAACAUCGAGGGCUUCUGUUCGUUUAUCUGUCGGUGGGUUUUCGAGAGGCAAUUUUCUAGGGAACGUUUUUUCUCACCUUUAGGUUGUGCAUGAUUUUUUUCGGUGGGCAAUCCAUAGCUUUCCCAAGAAUUUUUUUUAACAUUAAAAGAAAUUUAUUGAUAGUUAGGAUUUUUUUGGAAAUGUCCGAAAAAAAUAAUAACGUCCGUCCGCUUAGUAUACAAAUUCAUUAUUUCACUCCUUUUGUUAGAAUCUGUUACGGUGAAAUUGUUUUACGGUGAUGGAAUCAAACGGUUCCAGCCAAUCAAAUCAUCCACACGCUGGUCCUGGGAAACCGUUUUCUUUCUCGUGCCAAGGCCCCAACGGCUAAAAGGGACGGACAGCUCUGGAGACAAGUAUAUUCAAGAAUUUCAACAUGGCGGGUGUUCGUGGGUUAAGGAACCUUUGGGACUCGAAUUUAUUGCAUUUUACAAGGAAAAUACGACGUUUAGGAACAAUAGAAUCGAGCAAUACACUCCAAAGAUUUUGCAGAUGUGCCUCGACGUUCUCAUUUGUACCAGAUUCUCCUUCGCCUUUUGAUGGAGAAACUCAAAAGUUGAACUUGUUCCAGUCCCUAACCAAUGCAAUGGAUAUCAUUCUUGACUCAGACCCAACUGCAGUUAUAUUUGGAGAAGAUGUUGCUUUUGGUGGAGUAUUUAGAUGUACCGUUGGUCUUAAAGACAAAUAUGGUAAAGACAGAGUAUUCAAUACACCUCUCAGUGAACAAGGAAUUGUUGGUUUUGGAAUUGGAAUGGCUGCAGCAGGUGCCACAGCCAUUGCAGAAAUUCAAUUUGCUGAUUAUAUUUUCCCUGCAUUUGAUCAGCUUGUUAAUGAAGGUGCCAAAUUCCGGUAUCGGUCAGGAAAUCUUUUCAACUGUGGGAGCCUGACUGUGCGAGCACCAUGUGGAGCUGUUGGGCAUGGAGCUCAUUAUCAUUCACAAUCAGUAGAAAGUUUCUUUGCCCAUGUGCCGGGACUGAAGGUUGUUAUACCCAGAGGGCCUAUUCAAGCCAAAGGACUUCUUCUUUCUUCUAUCAGAGACAAAAACCCAGUCAUUUUCCUUGAACCCAAGAUCUUGUACAGACAAGCUGUAGAAGAAGUGCCUGUAGGAGAUUAUGAAAUACCACUCUCUGAGGCAGAAAUACUAGAAGAAGGUUCUGACGUGACUCUGGUUGGGUGGGGUACACAGAUCCAUGUUUUGCGUGAUGUCUGUAAAAUGGCCAAAGAUCAGCUGGGAGUCAACUGUGAACUAAUUGAUCUUCGAACAAUUCUUCCUUGGGAUGAAGAGACUGUAAUCAAGUCUGUACUCAAAACAGGGAGGCUAUUGAUAGCACAUGAAGCUCCUUUGACAGGAGGAUUUGCAGCAGAGAUUAGCAGUACUGUACAGGAACACUGUUUCUUGUCUCUUGAAGCUCCUAUCCAGCGUGUGUGUGGCUGGGACACACCCUUUCCCCAUAUCUUUGAGCCAUUUUACCUGCCAGACAAGUGGAGAUGUUUUGAAGCUCUGAAGAAAAUUACCAGCUACUAGCAUUUAAUAGGAAUGAUAAUGCAUCUCUAGCUAUGAAAGGACAGAAAAAUUCAGUGUUAUGUACACACACUUCAUUCUUUGUAUAAAUGUGUAUUUACCCACAACAUGGAAUGUUUUUUACUAGAAUGUCAGGUCUCUCUCUGUGAAAGUCAAGAGAAUUGCUUGAAGAAAAUUGCAGAUAUCUAUGAUUUUAAGUGUUGUGAGAAAUGAGGAACAACAAGUAUGACUUAUUUAUAUAGACAGAUGUACACGAUAAUUUAUGGGUGUCAAAAAAGGAAGACUUUACAUCUUCUGGAUUGGGAUAAGUUCUUAAAAUGUCAUUUUCAUGUUGUAGGCAGAAGUAUUUAUAUUUGGAUAAAAUUGUUAAAUCUUAGAAAAUGGAUGAUAUUUUCAUAAGUAAUAACUGACCAGAACUGUUUAAUUUGUAGUUGUUUAUACAACUAUUAAGAAUAGUCGUCUUAAAUUCCAUUCAGCUUUGUAAAUGGCUCAACAUAUCAAACUUACAAAAAUUACUGUCUUUGCAGGUCUCAAAUAUGUAAUAAACAGCAAUUUGAACACUUAGUA